AUGCUAUUCCGAAACUCCCUGUCACUCCUCCUCAUGAAUUUAUCGAGUUUGCUCAGCCGGGACAUCAAAUGCAAUAAGAUCUCUUCGUAUCUCGUCGUUAUGAGCUUAUCCCUUGGAUCGCACGAAAAAUCAGAAGAUGCGAUUCUCUCGCCUAAGGAAGUCAAUACUGUCGACCCCCUCUUUUCUAAAUCUACUACCUUAUCUUGUAAUCCAAACGAUGUCAACCUCUCCAAAACUUUCCGUUCGCACCAUGAGAAUCUCGAUGACAGAAAACUUGAAGUAGUCUUUAGUAACUCGACGACCAUCACCUUUGAAGAUCAGAUCGCUACGUCACCAAGCAAUGCCCAUACCUUAACAUCUAAUAGAUCCAAUAGAUGCCGUCUUAUGGCAAGAAGUUUCGCAUUCGUGGGUACGAGAUACGCACAUGCACAUAAACACGCAGAGAUAGCCUACCGCGGAGGAGAUACUAAUAGUUAA